AUUGCUGUUGUCUUUUGAAUAGCACAGGAAAGAGAAGAAGCAUUACAAAAGCUUUUACGAAACUUUGCUGGAGGCAGAAACAAUGAGAGGAAUCUGAAAACAUCUGCAGAUGGAGAGUGACUUCUGGAGACUGUCCGCCAUGGAUUCAGCAGAUCAACUCAACAUGACUCAAGUGGAAGAAUUCCAACUUGAACCUAAAUCUUCCAACUGCUGCUCAACUACCGGCACAGUAAAUGAUGAGCCCUUUUUGAAGCUGGAUGACAGCACAAAGCUGGUUGGAGUUCGAGUAAGUCUCAUUCUUGCUUACAGCACAAUCAUAUUGUUUGGAGUCAUCGGAAACUCCUUAGUGAUAUACGUUGUCUGCAAGUUUAAACAUCUACGGACUGUCAACAAUUUCUUCAUUGUAAACUUAGCUGUGGCAGACUUGCUGGUGAAUGCGCUGUGUUUGCCUUUCACCCUUGUCAACACUCUGUAUGGCGAGUGGAAGUUUGGUCAGGUGUUGUGCUUCAUGCUGCCCUACUCUCAAGGCCUGGCCGUGCACGUGUCCACCAUCACCAUGAACGUCAUCGCCGUGGACCGCCACAGGAGCAUUGUCUACCACAUGGAGACCAAGAUGUCCAAAGACAUGUGCGCUGUGGUCAUUGUCAUCACAUGGGCUGUCAGCGCCCUUUUGGCCAGCCCGCUUGCCAUCUUCAGGGAGUACGGGACGUUCGUCAUACUACCACACCUGUCUAUUCAGGUGUGUACGGAGCAUUGGCCGGGAAGCAGCGCAAACGGAAGCAUCUACAGUAUAUCAGUGCUUCUGGUUCAAUGCGGUUUACCUCUGGCUAUCAACUGCGUUGCAUACAUCAGCAUCUGGAAUAAGCUGAAUAAUCGUGUGGUUUACAUAGGUCGAAAUGACCGCCGUCUGCACAGGAAGAAGACCACUAAGAUGCUGGUGACCAUGGUUGUGGUUUUCGCUGUCAGCUGGUUGCCUUUACAUGCAUUCCAGUUGGCUGUUGACAUUGACAGCACGUUGUUGUUUAUGAAGGAUUUCAAGCUGCUUUUCACGGUGUUCCACAUUGUGGCAAUGUGCUCGACGUUUGUCAAUCCCAUACUGUACGGGUGGAUGAACAACAACUACAGGGUGGCCUUUUUGUCCGUGUGUAAGUGUUACCAUCCCUUCAGUUCACAGUUAGGACACUCCAAAAGCAGAGAGACACAAAAAAAUGAAGACGGGGUUUGUACAGAUUGCAAAUCAACAAAUGUCUAAGUUGCACAUACAAAGAAGGUUCAUUGGUAAUCAUUUGCAGAAAUGCACGAUUUGUAUUUCGGUUUGUGUGGAUAUUUUCAGGGAUGAUGAAAACUACAUAUGGGUUGGAAGAAAUUAUUGAAAUGUUUGAAAAAGGGCCUCAACUUUAAAGUGACUAAAUUAAAACUGCGACAAAAGGGGGGUCAUGCUAACUCUCAUUCCAAUCAAUACUUGACAACUCACUCACAAGUAUUAUGAGUAAAACCAUGAUGGAUAUUCUUCUUUGUUGAUGCAGUUUUUCUGUUUGGCUUGUUUCUCAUUUUUCCAACAAGUCCGCGAAACCGUACGACCACAUAGGUCAAUUGUUCUCUGCCCUCUACUGCGACCCAUAGGGCUUUUUUUCUGUCCUCAUACCUAAAGGUAAUGGUAGCUUUUUUAAACACUACAUUGUGAAGUGGUCGCAGUUUGGUUAAGUUUGGGCACAAAAAUUUGGUUAGGUUCAGGAAACAAUUGUGACCUUAAGCAUACACAGUAUAAUUUAGUCAAAAUAUCUCUAUCAACCAUUAAAUCAGCUGUAAAAGGGGGACUAAAUUAUUUUACCUCAUUCUCCACUUAAGUUGAAUUCUGGAAAUGAUUGUUUUAAAUAUCCUUUUAUAUCUUAUUAUCUAAAAAGGUCAGCACUGUAUUCAGAGUAUACACUUAACUGCUGAAAACCAUCACUGUGGGGAGAAAAUACAACACAAUAAUCUGCUAACAAUACAAAAGAUAAUAAUUAUUUACAAGAGGACAAAACAAAACACCCACAUAAGUCACCCAUAUACAGUUUAAACAAUAAUGGUGGUGGCUAAUCCCGUUUCUGACAUGAAAAGUUACUAACCUGUAUGGUCUAUAUAUAUAAUACUAAUUAUGAGUAUUUAGAUUCCCCUCUAACCCUCAUUUUCCAGGUUGAUUUUGAAGCAUCUAAAAACACAUGACUAUGCUGAAAUUGUGACUAUGAUACCUGUCAAUAAUUGAAGAUGAUAUCUUUUAAACGUCUUUCCAAAAUUCAUUGUAAUAAUUACUUAGCAACUUUCUGGCCUAUUACUUUCAUUUGGGCAAAAUUAAGAGGAGAGCCUAUUUAAAUUGGUGCCCUUUUAAAGUCGCAUCAUCUGCAAUCAUAUCAGUUAUAUAAUCAUAUAUGUUUCACAACUACAAAACCUCAGUGUUUGUCCCUUGUAUGAUGUACAUGUUACAGUGUACAUCUCUUGAGGUUGUUCUGUGCUAUUCAUGAGUAGCUCAACCUACCUGACAUACUUGAUUAUGAUAUUGUUACCACCGCUAGUAUCAUAUAAAGUCAUAACAACUUUUGAAUGUAUUUUCGAUGUAUAUCUAUAUCUAUAUGUAUAUGAACAAUAAGAAGGCAGGGUUUUGUUUUUCAUACUCGCGUUGUUGCUCCUUUUUAGAACAAUUCAUAACUGGAAAAUGAUGUCAUAACUAGAGCAUUUGUAGAUAUUUGGACAUAUUAAUGUGCUGAGGAAACUUCAUUUUGUCUAUUGUCUAUGAUAUGUUAUAUAAGUAAAAUCUACAGCUGUUAACAAUCAGGAAUUUACUGCUUUCAAAAAAAGAAAGGUAAAUCACGAACGUCCAUAGAGGGACCAGACAGGGAUGCCAUCUUUCCUCUUUGCUGUUUGUACUGGCCCUGUAAUCAAGUUAUAGACAUAAUUCCUUUUUCAGAACAACCUGUGCUAUCAAGAUAUAUAUGCUGCAGGGAUGCCACAUGAAUGUAUAAAGUGUUAUAUGAAUAUUAAGACAAAAAACUAAACAGAAAAUGUUUUCCCAAAUCUUGGCAAUCAAGAGGGGCAAUAAAAAAAACACUAACUAGCACGAAGAGGUAGAGUGGCUUGUCCUCUGAUCGCAUGGUUGUCGGUUCCAAAACUCUGUCCACAUGUGGGCAAGACAAUGGUCCAGCAGUUUGCAUGGUAGACUGCCGCUAUUGGUGUAUUAGAGUCGUGGGUGAAUGAGAGGCAUAUUUGUGAAGUGCUGUAUAAAUGCAGUCCGUUUGCCAUUUACUAAGACGUCAUUUCUCUGGGUGGUGAUGGAGUGGAUAUGACACAUGCCUUUGGUGUGGGAGAUC